AUGUCGCUUUCCCCCGCCGUAUGGCCACCUGUUGGCCACUACCGGCCUUCAGAAUACUGCCUUGAGACAGGCCACCGUACCGCCGGAUUUUCUAUCCGCCAACUUGAGGCGCCCGCCAUAAAAAAGCCUAUCAACCACCAUUCCCAUCGUCGUUACCCCCUGUAUAAUCAUCGCUCUGUCUCACCGGAUUCCCUCUAUUACACGCACUCGACUCUGUCUACUCCCAUCUCCAAAAAGUCUUCUCGUCGUUCAGCUUUUCGUCGUCCCCUUCCAAAGCCUGACGUUUCUCCUGUCGCUUUUAAUUCUUCUCCUCCGCCUCUUUACCAGUUCUCUACUAAAUCCAUUGAUGACACUAUUCAUUAUGAACAAGAACCUAUUCCUCAACUAGCUUCGGAUCAGGACAUUUUGGAUGACAUGGAAAACUGGACUGCUUCCACUCGUACCAAUACCCUUAGUAUGGCUGGAUUGUUGUCUCCACCUGGUUCUCCAUUGUCAUCCUUUGAUGACUUGCCUCCCUUUGAAGAAGACUUUGUAUUGUUUCCUUGA